UAAAUCUUACUUGCCUGUGGAUAAGCAGUUUCUAAUAACGCGAAAUGUUCCAUGCCACAGGCGCUGCAUCGAUAUGGAAUAUAAUCCAGAGCAAGGAAAGGUGAGCUUCUGGUGCAGAUUGUUUUUGCCUGAUGUUGAAGACGAAGAAGGUUGGGUGGAUACGCACCAUUUCGCGCUCGGCGUCAGCCAGAAAGCCAUUUCAAUGGAUGAGGAAGCUUCCAGUAAACCUCCUUGCGAGGCAGGAAAAACGGGAGGGAACGGUGAGGAAGGCGCGGCACUGGACAUGGAUGCUUUCAUUGCGGAAGGUGGUCUUGAAGAUGACGAUCCCAACAGGUUUAUUGUGAAAGAGGACGAGCAAGUUCCGAGUGAUGCCGAUAACGUCAUCCAUACACGCACUUACGAUCUCCACAUCACUUAUGAUAAAUAUUACCAGGUGCCUCGUCUUUGGUUGUGUGGAUACGAUGAAGACGGCCAAGCACUGAGUGUGGAAAAAAUGAGCGAAGAUUUUUCGCAGGAUCAUAUUAACAAAACGAUCACAAUAGAAUAUCAUACACAUCUGCAAACUUCGAUGGCCUCCAUUCAUCCAUGCCGCCAUGCAGAAGUGAUGAAGCGACUGAUCGGGCAGCUUGCUGAAUCAGGCAAGGAACUCGUCGUCGAGCAGUAUCUCCUUAUAUUUUUGAAAUUCGUCCAGGUAUUUUUCAUACUUGCACGGAAGUUUGUUUGA